AUGGUAGACAUCGAGGUUGACAGCGAGGUGGACACUAUACCUAUAUUAAGGAUUAUCAUAGAGAUCACAGCAGGCCGACCCAUGGAGGACGGCUGGGACUCGCACGUGUCUCCCCUGAUGAUCGGCGUGGGCAUGGGGGAGAUGCACGCCCCCCACCACCAUCCCCACGAUGCUGUCGCAAUGGGACCCCAUGGGGAGAUGGCGCAGGACCUCCACGCGGACCUCGACCAGGAGAUCGGGCACCACGACCUGCGGGGACACCAUCAGGAGGUCGGUGGGGCUGGGGACUAUUACUCCCAUCAGAACGUAUCUCGCCAAAACAAAAUCACGAUAAACGGCCUGUCGCCAUUCCUCUUAAUCAACCUCGGCAUACCGAAACGAAAACAAAAACAACAACCUAUGGUCCUGGAAAACAAUGCUACAAGUCUUAUGAAUAUGAAACGACAAACAACCAUCGCGUGA